CUUCUCUCUUUUUUCUCUCUCACUCUGGUUUCAUUCCUUUGCGUUCAAACCGUGCAUCCCCCUCCUUCUCCAUCACCUCCUCCUCUUUCUCCUCCUCCUCCUCCUCCUCCUCCUCACACCUUUUGGUCAGAAGAGGAAGAGGAAGCCCAGCCCAGGGAGAGACGCUGAGAGGAUGAAACUCUGACACGCCGACAGACCACAGGGAAACAAGAGCACAACUAUAAUUGCUUGAAGUCAGCGCCCAGGAAGGUCAGCCAAGAAUCCCGCUGUAGGUGCCAAAGUGAAAUCUACAGGACUACAAUUACUUGGACAGACUGAGGCGGCGGAGCAAAGUGAAUGACAGGAAGAGAUUGGCACAGUGUGGCGUUGACACUGGACUUGGCUCUCAGAAUCUACAACAAGUGAUUCUCCUCUUCCAAACUGCUCCAGCCUCUGACAGGUUGUAUCUGACGGAGGGACCGGUGCCGCGCUCCCAUCCCUGCGCUCCUUCAACAACACUGGUUUGUCAGCACCUGUGGCAGCAGCAGCGAGUUGAGUGACCCAGCUUCAGCCCGACCGGCUUUACCUGUACAUGGAGACCCCCAGCUGGGCAGGAAACACGUUGUGUAAGUCAGGAAACAUUGCUGUCUUCGGGAACGUGGUGUACAGCGGACUGCUGAACGAUCACCUCUGGCAUUUGGGAGUGCCCCUCUUUACAAGACUGGGUAACCAAGAGGCCACUAAUCCCCCAGAAGCGAUGGCCCAGCCGUACACCCCAGCCCAGUACCCCCCACCCCCACAGAAUGGCAUCCCCGCAGAGUUUGCGGCACCGCACCCACUCCCAACGCAGGACUACAGCGGGCAGAGCCGGGUCCCCGAGCACGCCAUGACCCUGUACACGCCCACACAGACGCACAGCGAGCCGGCCGGCACUGACAACAGCACGCCCGCCAUCACCGCCACCACGACCGCACCGACAGAUGAUGUGACGCAAACAGAGGGCUCUCAGCAGCUCCAGCUCCAGCACUCAGACUCUUCAGAGAAGCAGCAGCCCAAAAGGUUACAUGUCUCCAACAUUCCCUUCCGCUUCCGGGACCCUGACCUAAGGCAAAUGUUUGGGCAAUUUGGAAAGAUUUUAGAUGUGGAGAUUAUCUUUAAUGAGCGAGGAUCCAAGGGCUUUGGGUUUGUAACUUUCGAAACAAGCACAGAUGCCGAUCGUGCACGGGAGAAACUAAACGGUACAAUCGUAGAGGGACGCAAAAUAGAGGUGAACAACGCAACAGCAAGAGUGAUGACAAACAAAAAAGUGGCCAACCCUUACACGAAUGGCUGGAAGCUGAAUCCAGUGGUGGGAGCUGUCUACGGUCCUGAACUGUAUGCCGUAACAGGGUUUCCCUACCCUGCCACAGGCGCUACCGUGGCCUAUAGGGGUGCCCACUUGCGAGGUCGGGGGCGGGCCGUCUACAACACGUUCCGCACAGCUCCACCACCACCACCCAUCCCAGCUUACGGAGCGGUGGUGUACCAAGAUGGCUUCUAUGGUGCAGAGAUCUAUGGAGGAUAUGCAGCAUACAGAUUUGCCCAGCCCACCACCACCGCUGCUUACAGUGACAGCUAUGGCAGAGUCUAUGCAACGGCAGACCCCUACCACCACACGAUUGGCCCCGCAGCCACAUACAGUGUGGGGACUAUGGCUAGCCUAUACAGAGGAGGGUACAGUCGCUUCACUCCCUACUAAAAGAAAGAAAAAGAAAAGACAGAGACAUUACCGCAACAAACAAACAAAACAAAACAAAAAAACGAUCUUUAAAAAAAAAUCACAAAACAAGCAAACGCCCGGUCCUUGGUGGAGAGCUAAAUCAAACUAAAAGCUUCCAGGUCCCCAUGCUGAGCCCCUCCCCCUGAGACCCUCUCAAGCUGAUAUUUCUACAACAACCUAUUUGAUGUCAUCAUUGGUCUGCUCUUGUUUUGUAUUCAUUUUGUGCUUUUGGUUUUGUUUUGGAAAGUUUUUUUAUGCACAUGUGCAUUAUCUCGAUUGCUGUAUAUGGGUGCUGUGUCACCAUAACCAAUGUGAGCCUACUGCAGCACGCAUGAUGCAUGCUCAGAGGUGUGAGUAUAUGCAGCCGCUGUCAUCUGACUAAGAAUAUACUGGGGCAUUUCUUUUUUAUGAUACAUGCAUGAUAAACAUGAAACAUAGCAGGUGUUAUCGGGUCCACGCUGAUCCAAUUCCAAUAUUAACCUUCCAUUAAAGACAGAGAGCUUGUUGUACACGCUGACUCACAUGCCUCGGUAAUUCUUAGCUCGAAGACGGCACUGCUCUGACUGCUUUUGUUUUUCCUUUAAACGUUGGAGUGUCCUACUGUUGUGCACUUGCAGUGGAGCCUUACAUGCUCUACUAUGUGGUCUGACAGCAUGCAGAGUAAGGGGCCCGAAGGUCAGAUUUCUGUCUCACAAUGCUAACACUUUGGCCCAGUCUUCUGCAAAUCAUUCGAUGUUUCUAUGCAAAAAGAACAGUUAAAAUGUGGAGUUGAGCAUUUGUUUUUCCACCAGCAGCCUCGGUUUGCCUCUCCCCUUUUAAGUAGUUGGCAGUGAUAUUUUUUAACAUUAAAUAGGGAUUUACAUGAAUUGAUUGCUAUUUUAUAUACUACACCCAUAUCUCACUGUUAUUAGACCCAUAUACACUCAAGUAACAGCAAUAUUUCACUGAUAUUACACAUUAAAGCAUCCCGUUACACCCAUGUUACACCAUUAUUACGCCCAUAAUACAAUCUUAUUAUACCCAUUUUACACUGUUAUUACAUUUACAUUACACUGUUAUUAGAAACAUAUUACACCCAUGUAACCAAUAUUAAACUGUUAAAACACCCAUUUUACACAUACACACAGCCAGUCAGAUAACUAUCCCCAGGAUACAGCAACCAUUUAAAGGUUAAAAAACUCACAGGAAAGAUUGCAAGUGAACACACACAAAGUCGACCUUGUGCUUCAGCAGAACAAAAUUCCCCUUUUCAUCACAACCUACUUGUUAAACGGAAACAUAUUUUUUUACACAGGCUUUCUUGAAAUAUGUAAAAAGUUUUUUUUUCAGACUAUGAAGCUUCUCAAGAAUUUGCGGGAGGAAUUAUAAAAGUGUUUUCACUGGCUUAAUUGGAGAAUUGCCUAUUUGAUGUUGCUAUUCAAACAUAUGAAUCAGUAUUAAAAUAAAGUUAGAAUGAUUUCCAUCUUUUGAUCUAAGUCAAAGGAACUUUUUUUUUUGUGAAUCAUUAGUGCUGGAUUAUAUAAGAAGGCGUUUUAAAUAUCUUACUCACAUAAAAUGGCAUAUGGAUAUUGAUGGGCAGAAUUGGCAGAUACAUUAAGAUGAAUUCCAAUCUCAGUAGCUUGCAAAUAGGAUUUAUGAGACAGAUUACUGCAAUUAAUCAAUUAACUGGUAAAUCCAUCCUAAGAAAAUUAACAUUAUGGAUCCAAUUUUAUCUUUUUAUCUUUUUGAUCUGCAUCACUUUAAUUUGGGAUUUCUGUGUGAACACUACAAGAAAAUUUAGGACGUCGGCUUAUUUUUUUCCAAAAUGUAAUUGCUAAAUAGUUGCAUAUGAACAUGAUUUGCUGAAGACUUGGCCACUCUAUCACUAACACACCACGGCAGAUUAUAAAUUGUAUUAAAGGUGCACUGUAUUGUCACAAACACAGUAGUACGCAGUAAUGACACAGCACCGAGGCGGCUGAACCAGACAGAGGGCUGUUCUGCAUAGAGUCUCUUUCUUAAGCAUUGCACAAAAUGUUUUACCUCAGGAUAAACUAACUGAUCACACACUAGAACACAGUGCUACACACUCCUCAGCAGGCAGGAUAGUUUAAUUUCUAACACAACCAGCAGGUUUGUCCUCUCUGCAACACGGCUUUCUAUACCAGAUGAUUUUAUGUUUAAGCAGAGACCCUAAAAGAGGACGAUAAAAAACGACUGUACCAUUGUUCUUUAUUAAAGCUACUGUAUUAUAUAUAUGUAGACAUAUACUGUAUAACUAAGUUUACAAUGCAUACUCACACGUACAGUACGAUAUAUUCUAAAAGCACCCAGGAGACGUGAUGUAAAUGUGUGUAGAGUGCAGCUCGCCUCUUAGUCCACAUACAGUGGUUGCAUUGGCUUCUAUUACAACUGUGUGCUACGUGAGGUGGAUUGAAAAUAAAACUCUCUGUGUAGCUGUUAGCGGUUCAAGAUUUCAGUGCAGCUAGGAAUACAACUCAAAGCAAUUGCUGAUAGUAUUUUAUUUAUAUGUACUCACAAAAGUGUUUGUGGUCUCAGAAAAGAAAAAAAAAAUCAGUUUGUUGCACUUUUGUUUUUCUAAAUUUUACGAGAUGUUACAUAUUUAUAAAAGUAUCAUAUACAGCUAGUUAUGUCUAGUCGAGAUAUUAAAACGAUAUGUUGUAUAUUAAGAAAAAGAGAAAAUGAACCCAUAAUCUCAUGACAAAAAUCUUGACGUGGGUAAACAACUGUCGUUCUUCCUUUUAUAUGCUAGUACGUACGCACCAUUUGGGGUUUUUAUAUGAGUCAAAACAAACUUUGAGUAUUAUUUUUAACCAAAUAGGAGAAGUGGUUUGUGCAUUUAUAAGAGUUUCUAGUGUAAACUCUGCAGCAGAGUACAUGUGUGGGAGUUUGGUUAGUGACCACUAUUAGGAAGCUAGAAUGGACUGAAAUAGAUUGUGGUUUUCUGAUGUGAAUGUGUGUGCCUAUGUGCUCUAUAUAUAUAAACAUAUGCAUUAGAAUGUGUGUGUGCGACCGUGUUUGGGAUAAGAGAGAAAGGGGAAGUGAAUGGAAGUUUGCUAAUAUAUUGUAGUUAGGAGACAGUUUUACAUGACCUCACUCUUAAUCCCUGUAAUAACAUCACAAUUGCCUCUAAAAUAUCAGAAUCAACCAAGGAUUUUUAACAUUAGAUAGUCAUAGAGAAAAAUGUGGCCACGUUGUAGACAUUUAUUCUGUAUUUACUCUGUGGGAGGACGCUCAUUAGCACGCUAUGCUAGCAGCCAUUACUUUGUAGCAGUAGCCAGUUUAAGUUGCUGUGGCAUUAUUUGAAUAUUUAUAUAUUCAUUAAUUCAAAUGAAUGCUAACAAAAACUUCAUUAUACCAAACAUGAUGGUAGAAUGUAUCACAGUAUUAGACGAUUGACUGAAAGCAUUCAAAUUAUAUACAUGUAUCUAUGUUAUAUUGACAUGCGCUUAUUCUCGCCCGAAAACGUAGUUUAUUCAAUCUACUCUCUAGGAGUAGUUUGUAAAAGUACACAAAAAUACAGGAGAAUUCAUAAAAUUCAAGAUGGCCGACUUCCAGGUGGGUGGGGCCUUGUUGUACCAUGGAGUUUCUUUAUGGAGCACAUUCAGCUGGACGUAUGUGCCACAUUUCGUGUCACUUGGACUUACGUGAGAAAGGUAUGGCCCUUCAAAAAUCUAAGAUAAUGUUUAGUCGACCCAUAUUAAUUGUUUUAAAAUAUGGUUUGUUUUUCCUCGACAAACAGAUGUAUUGUUUGAGCUACCACUCUUCCUUUUGAAUAUAGCAUGACCUUUGACAUGCAAUUAAUCUGAUAAGAAUUGGAAUUUUUCCAAUCUACACUUCAGGAGUUGUUGUUGGAUGUUUUAAUAUACAGGAAAAACUAAAUGGCUGACUUUAAAGGGGCGGGGCUAAUGAAAGUCAACUGUAAAUAUUAUUCUACUGCGCUGUUAUUACAGGGACACGUUCAAGUAUUGUCAUCUAGAAUCUGCUCCUAUCAGUGUGCACGGGUUUGUCAACAGUUUACAGAAGAAGUUGAAAUUAGCACUGUCUAUCUGUCAGCUUAUCAAGGCUUAAAUGUUAAAGACAAAACAUGUAAAUAACUGGUCGUCGGUAUUAUAGAGGUCUGAGCCGUUAAGUUCUGCAACUUCUAAGUAAUUUAAAUGUGAAUUUUGAAAACAGACACUUUGAUAUUUUCUCAGUUUUGUUUGCUUUCAUUGUAUUCCAUAACCAGCCUAAUAUGCAACCAGACCUCUUUGAUCCAAGCAUCUGUUCGUAUUUAUUGAGAAACGUUUACAUAUCAGCGGAAAAAGACUCUUUAUCCAUCAUUUAUAUUUAAUACAAGUAUUUAAUAAGCCCUGAUAAGCUGGCAGGUGCAUUUAUUAGUUAAAAAAGAUUUGUACAAAAGAGAACCAAGCAAAAAAGGUACAGUACUGUAAAUACAUUUAAAUGUAUAUACAUACACACUAUAUCGCAAAUCUCUGAGUAACUGUUUUAUAUGUAUUCCUAUAUAAAGUGGGGUCAUCUGUGUAUUUUCAAUUCAGCUGUUCUUGAAUUGUAUGUAAUUUCUAUAAUGAGAAUAUAUUGUCUGAAAGGUGUAAAGUAAUUUUCUUUUGGAUCCAUUUCAUAGUAUACUAUUAUGACAUUUUCUCUUCUUUCAUGGAUUAUUUUUGUUGUCAAUAUGUGACAUAUAAGUAACCUCUGAUUGUUUUCAGUGUCAGAAUA